CAUCGCCGUGAGGUGUCGUUGCGUGUCGAGUUGUCUAGCUGCAUUAAUAACAUCACAAAAGGCUGCUGAAAAACGGGUCCCAUCCCCAUACACAAUCUCUCGGAAGGAAGGGAUAGAUAAUUUGUGGGCGAGAAAAUUCACAACAACAUCACGACGACGACAUACGGACGGACGACCGGUUGGAUGUCGGCGGUCUGAUCGAUAAUCCCUUCCCCCGUUAUGUGCGCUGUUGUGCAUCUAUCCGUUGUUUGUACGUGCAGUAUGAAUUUAAUAAUAUCUCAAAGGACUCAACAACAAACGGCCGUGUUUGUGUGCCCGAAUGUGGGGGAAGUGUUGCCGGAAGGCGAAACUGUUGUCGUUUGCUGAACAAGCCGAAAGCGAAUAAUGAAACCGAACGUCUGUCUCGAAACGACCGUAGAGAACAUACCGCAAGCCGCCCCAACCGACCAAACGGACGACAGUGCGCUAAGGAUCGUGAGCAAACAAUUCCUCUGUGGCACUCCGGUUCGAUCGAUCCGGUGGCAUGGUCUGUUUGAGCGCGAACUAGCCUGGGAUGAGCAGGCAGCUUUACUGGACCUCACAGUAGAUCAUCCGCUGGUGCGGCUCUAUCCGCUCAGUGUCGAGUACCAGGCAGCGUUUCUGAAAUAUAUCAUCGCCAAGCUGUCCAGCAUGAACGUUGAGCAACACGAUCGGAUGUAUGAGAAGUAUUGCGCGAUGCUUUCACCCGGUACCGAGCUACCCUUGGACGACCCGUCGAUCGGGCUAAGCUACAAACACUACGAACUACCGCACGGACAGGGUGUUAUAUCGCUGAAAGAAUCCAGCGCCUUCGUAUCUGAAGGUACAACAGGACUGUGUAGCUGGCAGGCGGCCAAAGCUCUCUGCGAACACAUAUCGAACAAUCGGGAUGAUUUCCACGGCCGGAACAUACUGGAGCUUGGUUCCGGGGUCGGUUUGUCCGGUAUCUAUCUAGCGAAAUGCUACGAACCCUCGAUCAUCGUCAUGUCGGAUUGCCACUCUUCGGUACUGACAGCGCUGAAGGAAAACGUCCGGCUUAACUUCCCCAAUGCGGCAUCGGUGGAGUGUGAUAAUCCGCUUGUUAGUCUGCUGCUGGAUAGUGGCAACACACUGAUGGGCGUGAUGGAUCUCGACUGGCAGUAUAUCAGCGCGUCCAACCUAAGCCAGCUGAUCGAACCGGACGUGAUUGUGGCAGCGGACAUCGUGUACGAUCACACACUAUUCCCAGCGCUGCUGUCCACGUUGAACUACAUAUUCUGUCUGUCGAAUAACCGGUGCAAGUUUGUGCUUGCCUGCACUGAACGGAACCAGGACACGUUGAAUGAGUUUCUGCAGCUGUUGAUCACCGCAAAGUUUCGCAUCAACGAAGAGACGGUUUCACCAUCGCGCCACUUUCACUGGGAUAGCAGCGCAUCAAACAUACGUAUCUUUACCAUAACGAGAGCCUUCUCAUAAGAUGCAUACACUAUUUUUUCCCUCAAAAAAGUCUUUUAGAAUCUAUUUUCUAUUUCCCUUCCGAGGCGGAAACUUUUAACCACCUAACCAACCAAAUCGCUAACGCUUUCGUACAGCUUCUCUUUCAGCCCGAAACGUAUCUAUACCUACUUAUCACCUUUUGUCUAACUAUUGCUAUAGUGUCCACACGGGAGUGGCACAAUUUUCAUAUUAUCGACGCCAGAGGGACCACCAGAUGGAAUCACACACACAUACAUAUGAUAGCGUUACUGCAACACGGAAAUGAAAGUAUAAAAAAGCUUGAACGCGACAAACAGUAAAGACAUACCUUAAAGUACACACCAAAACCAACCAAUACCACGGAAAUGGAACCAGUUAACCUGUUUUAAAAACGUCCACUGUUUAGAGCCCAGAACCAUGUGCUAGUUUAAAAUAUGCUAAAUAUAUACAUCUAUUAGUGCAAAUCUAGUAGUA